GGGGCUGGCUGCCGCAUUUCAGUGAGACCGGCAGACCCUGGCAGAUGUCUGGAGGACAGUGACAACAGUUCCCCCACAGGCAAGCAAGGCACACCAAGGGCCAAAGUACAAGCAGGUCCUCCCAGUCCAACAGCUGAAAAUCAUCAUUGUCAGUACGAUAAACCAGAAAAGCCAUUCCUUUUAACCUGGCUCCCUUUGAAGAGGUGACUCAGACAUCUGCAUGGCCUCUCAAGGUAGUCAGAAUCAGAAAAUUCGAGGCUUUCCUGGUUUUCUCCCGGGCUAUCCUGACCCUGAUCACCGUCAUCCCACUGUACCUUCGAAUGCAAGGAAGCAAGUAUCACUACCACCUCUCCCACCACCAGGCAAUCUCGCUCCUGGUCUAGAAUACUUGAGCCAGUUAGACCUGAUCAUUAUACACCAGCAGGUGGAGCUGCUUGAAAUGAUACUUGGCACCGAAACUUCCAACAAAUAUGAGAUUAAAAAUCGCUUGGGACAAAGAGUAUACUUUGCGGUGGAGGAAAGCAUCUGCUUUAAUCGUAAUAUCUGUUCACCAUUAAGAUCCUGCACUCUGAGGGUCACUGAUAACACUGGUCGAGAAGUGAUUACAGUGCACAGACCAUUGAGAUGUAAUAGCUGCUGGUGUCCUUGCUACCUACAAGAGUUAGAAAUUCAAGCCCCUCCUGGUACAAUAGUUGGUUAUGUUGUACAGAAGUGGGACCCGUUCCUGCCAAAGUUCACAAUUCAAAAUGAAAACAAAGAAGACAUUUUGAAAAUUGUGGGUCCCUAUGCAACAUGUGGAUGUUUUGGAGAUGUGGAUUUUGAGGUGACAACCAUUAAUGAAAAGAUAACAAUUGGGAAGAUUUCAAAGUAUUGGUCUGGAUUUGUAAAUGAUGUCUUCACAAAUGCUGACAACUUUGGGAUACAUGUUCCUGCAGAUCUAGAUGUGAAAAUCAAAGCAAUCAUGAUUGGGGCCUGUUUUCUCUUUGAUUUUAUGUUCUUUGAACAUUCACUGGCUGGACUAUAACAAGCAAGAUGAUAGAAACAAUAAAAUAUGCAGACCAUAUUUCAGAAUCCCUUGGGCUCAGCAUUUCAUUUCUGAAAUGU